AUUCCCCAGGAGAAAACGGCUGUGGAAAAUAAAGUUACAGAAAGAAACAGCAAAUUGGAAGAGGCAAAAACUGCGCAAGACCAGAUUAUGAAGCAGAAUGUAAGAAUUUCAGACCGCUCAUCCAAUAAAAGGGUUUUGCGUAUCGCUAAAAAGGAUUCUCAAAUAAAACUUUUUACAGGAAAACCUGGAAGAAAAGUUGAAAUUAAAAGAAAACGAAUUGAAAGAAAUGGAGCAAGUUAAGUAAGUUUGCCGAUUGAUGCAUUGCUGCUUUUUUUUUGUGUUUUACUUUGUGCAACUAAACAUAGCAUUAAUUAAUUCUAGAUAGCUCUAUUUGUUCUAAAGUGUUCUUCCUAUAGGGUCAGUAAGAGUCAUCUCUUAUUGAUCCAGUGUUACUACAGGAAGAAACCUAAACUAAACUUAUUUAUUCUGGAUAGCUCUAUCAGUACUAAACUGUUCUUCCUAGAGGUCCAGUAAGGAUCAUCACUUAUUGAUCCAGUGUUACUACAGGAGGAAAACUAAACUAAACUAACUUUAUUUAUACUGGAUAGCUCUAUCAGUACUAAACUGUUCUUCCUAGAGGUCCAGUAAAGAUCAUCUCUUAUUGAUCCAGUGUUACUACAGGAGGAAACCUAAACUAAACUAACUUUAUAUAUACUGGAUAGCUCUAUCAGUUCUAAACUGUUCUUCCUAGAGGUUCAGUAAGGAUCAUCUCUUAUUGAUCCAGUGUUACUAGGUGGAAACCUAAACUAAACUAACUUUAUUUAUACCGGAUAGCUCUAUCAGUUCUAAACUGUUCUUCCUAGAGGUCCAGUAAGGAUCAUCUCUUAUUGAUCUAAUGUUACUACAGGAAGAAACCUAAACUAAACUAACUUUAUUUAUACUUGCAUAGCUCUAUCACUUCUAAACUGUAACAAUGUUGUCAAUGUAUCAAGUUGCUACAAGGUUGUCACUCACAACUUGUUGACAAAUUGUUGAAUUGGAGGACGAUAACAACUUGUUGGAACAGCUUGUAACAAGUCUGUUAAGUCCAUGGUUUUAAAACAUAAUUUUUCUUUGUCAGUGAAAAUAACUUGGUGAAUUUUUUUUUCAGAAUUAAUCUUGAAACCCAAAUCUCCUCAUUAGAAAAAGACGUGGAGAAUGAAAGAAUACAUAGAGAAAAAGUUUGUAAAAUCCUUCAUAUGUACACGUCUCCAUUGAAGAGCACAUAUUCUAACUUGUGAAAUGGAUCUCGUGUUUUAAAUAAAGAUGUUAAUCAAUCAAUCAAAAAUCUUUACCGGAAAAUAACUGUCUGAAUUUACAUAAAAACGGGCCACAAUUGUAUUGUAAAUAUUUAUUUUCUCAAUUCAGGCAGUGGACGAAAUGAACGAGAAAGAAAAGAUGUUGAUUGGCAAAAAACUUGAAGUUGCAAACCAACUCGAAACCUUGGAGACAAGCUUAGCUAAGGUUUAGUUGCAUUUUUAGAAAACUCCACAAAUAAGGUUAACCUCGUCCUAAAGUAAAGGGACUUUAUUAGGGCUUGGUUAUGAUUAAGGCUAUAUAUUGUUUGUUGGAGUUCGGUUAGGGUGAUUUGUUUUUAUUCUACUGCAGGCCAAAGAAGAUUUAGAAGACAAUAAGGAAGCUGGAAAAAGAGCUCAAAAUAUCCUGAAAACUGAGAUGGACAAUUUAUCGGAAAAAUUGGUACGAUAAAUGAAGUUAAUUGAGACCUUUUAAGAUCGAAGUCUGUCCAGGAAAUCUUAUUUACAACCGUAUAUUCGUGUGAACAUAGCAAUAACACUCAACCCGCUUAGGCGAGCCAGCCCAGGUCAUGGCAUUUAUAUCGAAAAUACCCAACCCUGUUACCCGAGAUCUCGGGUCAGUCGAGCUGGGAUCUCGCUUAGGGGGGCUAGCUGGGUUCGCAUAUAAACUCAAAAUGAAAUUUAGUAGGAAAUAAUAAAGGCGGGAUCUCGCUUAAACUGGGCCAGCUUGGGUACCAGGGCUAGCUUGCCCCAUAUAAUUGCUAGAUAGUAUACUUCAAAAUAAGGUUUCCGUUUUUACACAAUUUAUAAAAUAAGUUAGGGUUAGGUUAGGGUUUAGGUUAGGGUUAGAUUGGGGUUAGGGUGAGGGUUAGUAUUAGGGUUAGGGUUUAGUUUUGCGUUAGGAUAGUUUUUUCUACGUUAUAAAAACGGAAAUCUUAUUUUGAAAUAUACUAUAAACAGCCUGUAAUUAAACAUUUUUUGUUUCUUUGGUAGAAAAGCGAGAGAGAGACUGGGGAACAGUUGAAAUUGAAACUCGACGACACGGAGUCGAGGCUGAAUACGAAACUUGCAGCGGCCAAUGAGAAUCUCGUAUCGGCCAGGAAUGACGUCGCUAAAUGCGAGGAGAAAAUGAAAGGUCUUGAAGAUUUAGUGAAACAGAAGGAGACGCAACAUUUUGAAUUGAAAGGCGAGAUGGCAGGUAAUGAUGGGUCAACUCACACCAGGACCACCGAGAGAAUUCGCGGGAUCCGGGGCAAAUCUUCUCUGGGGGCCCUAUGACAUCAUUUUUAAGCUAGACCCAAGUUAAUUACCCAACUGGACCUUAGCUUGAUUGCAUGUGGAGGUACUGUAAGGGGCCCUCAAUUUCAAAAAUGUUCUGACCAAUUUAAAGAACCUACUCAAUUUUAGGCUCUGGCUCUCAAGUUGGGGCCCUAUCAAGGUGGGGCCCGGCGCAAUUUGCCCCCCCCCCCCUCGGCGUCCCUGAGCAACACAUGUUUAUCGGUGAAUAUCGAUACAUAAAUACUAGAUCAAUGCUCAGUAACUGGCCUCUGUAGCUCAAAUAAUAAUAAUAUUAAAAUAUUUUGUUUUUUAAUUCAGUGCUUGAAGCGACCAUUGAGAACAACCAUGACGAGAAGCGAAGUCUUUUAGAAAGGUAA